AUGGCUCGUCAGACCUCUCUUGACUCCGAGCGGCCCAUCAUGACCAACUCUAACCGAAACUCCAAGCGUUUCUCAACUAUUAGCGGGAGCCCUUCGCUCGCCGCUUCCGAGCGCACGAACGGAAGCCUGCCUAGUGGAGACCCCCGAGUUGCUGAUAUCACUCACCUCGGCGAUGGCCUGGAACGUCUAGAGAACAAACCCCUUCAGGCGCAGCGAUUUGUACCCACUGCUGAAAAGUCCGACAACCUCAACAAGUUGGCUCUCGGAGCUAAGGUGGAACGCGCCUUGGGACGACGGAUGACCGGUCAAGACGCGGUGAUGCGACGCAAGCCUGUGCUUAACGAAAAGGCUGCUGCCAGUGCCACUGCCUAA